AUGCUAUCGUUGAAAGCCUUCAAGCUGGGGGCUUUCCUGAGCCUUGUUGCAAUUGCUCCUGUGACCCAAGCUUUCGAGGCAGCAUCCUGCCGUUGUUUCCCCACUGACGAUUGUUGGCCCUCGACUUCUACUUGGAAUGCCUUCAACCAGUCGGUCGAUGGACGUCUUGUGGCUACUGAACCCCUCGCCAUCCCUUGCCAUGCACCCUCGUACAAUGAGGAGAAAUGCAAUAUUCUGAAAGAGGGUUGGCUUUUGCCCAGGGAGCACUAUCAAUCAUCCUCGUCUUUCAUGGCCCCAUUCUUCACGAAUGGAACCUGCGAUCCAUACCACCCCAUAUUUAAACCAUGCACAUUGGGCAAUUUCGUCCGCUACGCUGUCAAUGUCUCGUCGCCUGACCAUGUGGCCAAGACAAUGCAGUUUGCAAUCAAGCACAAAAUUCGCUUUGUUAUCCGGAACACUGGUCACGACUACAACGGGAAGUCCACCGGUGCGGGUGCUCUUUCCGUCUGGACACACCACCUUAAGAUUAUUGAAAUCAAGAAUUGGAAAGACGAAUACUACACUGGCAAGGCUUUCAAGCUCGGCGCUGGAGUCCAGGGAAUUGAGGCCUAUGAGGCAGCCCACGAGUACGGGCUUCGAAUGGUCGGUGGAGAGUGUCCUACUGUCGGCCUCGCCGGUGGAUACAGCCAGGGAGGUGGUCACUCUUCCCUGUCUUCUAAGCAUGGGCUUGGUGCGGACCAGGUCCUCGAGUGGGAGGUGAUCGAUGGCAAUGGCAGAUUCCUCGUCGCUAAUCGUACCCAGAACACAGAUCUUUACUGGGCCCUGGCCGGUGGCGGCGGUGGCACUUACGGUGUCGUUUGGUCUAUGACCUCCAAGGCUCAUCUGGAUAGCAAGGUUUCUGGCCUGAAUCUCACAUUUACCACUGACGGUAUUUCUGACGAGACAUUUUUCAAGGCUGUGGAGCUCUAUAACACCUACUUGCCUUCCAUUGUCGAUGAGGGUGUCAUGAGUCUGAACUUCCUUACCAAUGGCUCCUUCGCCAUCUCUCCCAUGACCGGACCCGGUGUUCCGCUGGAGAAGCUCGAGAGCUUGAUUAGACCUGUUCUCAUUGGUUUCGACAAGCUCGGUAUUAACUACACGUACCAUGGAGAGGAAUUUGGCUACUAUCUUGAACAGUUCAACGCCCAAACCCCCGUUGUUGAGGUUGGAGUGGCCCAAUAUGGUAGCUGGCUUCUUCCCCGGUCAAUCGUCGAGGACCCCAAGUCCCGACAUGAACUGACAAAAUCUGUUCGAACUGUCCUUUCCUACGGCGCUACCUUCACGACUGUUGGUAUUAAAGUGACCGAGGACGUCACUGGUGAUGUUCAUAACGCCGUAAACCCUGCGUGGCGCAGCGCUAUUGCCCAUACCCUGAUGUCUACCGCGUGGGAGUUUGAUGAGCCGGAGAAGAUGCUCGUAAAGAGAAAGUUGAUGACCGACGUGCUGGUUCCUAGUCUGAGCAACCUGGCGCCAGAAUCUGGUGCUUAUCUGAAUGAGGCCGACUUCCGCCAGCCCAAUUUCAAGACUGCUUUCUACGGUGAAAAUUACGAUAAGCUGCGCUCAAUCAAGGCCAAGUACGACCCUCACCACCUUCUCUAUGGGUUGACUGCUGUUGGCUCUGAUGAGUGGACUGUGUCUGAGAGUGGGCGGAUGUGCCGUACUUAA